UGGGAGGUCAUCUUCAAAACGAGUUAUGGCGGUAGAAUCCAACAACUCGUUGGAAAGUCAAGUGAACGGCUUGACAAUUCAAGUGACCGACUUGACUUCUUUGGUAAAAGAUUUUCUUUUGAAUCCCAAAACCCAAGAAGUCAAGGUCUACGGUAUAUGCUCGACACAAGGGCACCCCACCGACUCCUGCCCAACAUUACAAGAGGAGAACCCCGAGCAAGUCAAUGCUUUGGGUUUCCAAGGUCAAAGAAGAUAUGAUCCUCACGGCAACACUUACAAUCCGGGGUGGAGGGAUCAUCCAAAUUUAAGGUACGGAAACUCUCAACCUCCUCAACAAUCAAACCCUCCUCCUCAACAAUACAAACAACAAGGUCAAACAUCGAACUCGAGCAUGUCCACCGAAGACAUGAUUCGAUCACUUGCCAUGAACAUGGCUACGAUGCAACAAAGUGUGACCCAAUUCCAAGAAACGACCAAAUCAAGCAUCCACAAUUUGGAAAACCAAAUGAGCCAAAUCUCAAAUGCCGUGAGUAGGCUUGAAGCUAAGGAUUCGGCAAAACUCCCAUCUCAAACGGAGCCGAAUCCAAGGCAACAAGCUCACGCGGUCACUUUGAGAAGUGGCAAGGAGUUGGUUAUGGCUAAAGCAAAAGCAAAGAGCCAUGUUGGAGAAGAAGAGGAGUAUAUCUUGGUGUUCCUAGGUUUGCAAAGUUUUUAAAAGAGCUUUGCACAAUAAAAAGGAAACACAAAUUGAAUGGCAAACAUAAAAUCCAAGUAAGCGAAAGAGUGUCAGCCGUUUUUCAAAAGAAACUGCCUAAAAAGUAUAGUGACCCGGGAAUGUUCACUAUACCAUGUAAACUUGGAAAUUCUAGUUCUUCUAGGUCUAUGUUAGAUUUGGGUGCAUCAAUCAAUGUCAUUCCAUAUUCUCUAUAUAAGUCCCUAGAGCUAGGCCCUUUACAUGAGACGGGGGUUGUUAUCCAACUUGCCGAUAGAUCCAACGCUUACCCCAAAGGUGUAGUGGAGGAUGUACUCGUCAUGGUGGAUAAUCUAAUCUUUCCCGCUGAUUUUUAUGUUCUCGAAAUGGAGAACGAUAAAAAUGCAGUCCCAAUUUUGUUAGGAAGACCCUUUUUAAAAACGGCCAAAGCAAAAAUAGAUGUUUUUAAUGGAGUAUUAACUAUGGAGUUCGAUGGUGAAAAAGUUGAAUUUAAUAUCUACGACUCCAUGAAAUACCCCACAGAUAAUCACUCUCUUUUUGCAAUUGACACUUGCGACACUUGGGUCCAAGAUGUAUUUGAGGUUGAGGGGAAAGACAUGUUACUAAGCUCAAUUGAAAACGACAUAGAGGACUUCACUAUGGAAUACUCUAUGUCAAACAACAUGAAGAUGAUGGUGGCGGAGUUAAAUCAACUCCCACUUUUGCCACCGGGCUCUAAAGCCCUCCCACUAACCAUUCCGAGCGAGAGGCCGCUACCAUCUGUUUUGCAGGCACCGGAGGUGGAAUUGAAACCACUCCCUGAAAAUUUGAAACAUGUGUUCUUGGGCGAAAAUCACACUCUACCGGUGAUUAUCUCAAAUGCCUUGGCCCAAGAACAAGAGGAGAGGUUGAUUGCGGUCCUCAAGGAGUACAAAUUGGCCAUUGGAUGGUCUAUUGCCGACAUCAAAGGCAUUAGCCCAUCCACAUGCAUGCACCGGAUCUUACUCGAAGAUGAGGCCAAAGCGGUGAGGCAACCGCAAAGAAGAUUGAACCCACCCAUGAUGGAGGUGGUGAAAAAAGAGGUGAUUAAGUUGCUUCAAAUGGGAAUCAUCUUUCCCAUUUCCGAUAGCAAAUGGGUGAGUCCAACCCAAGUGGUGCCAAAGAAGACCGGAGUGACGGUCAUUGAAAACAAAGAUGGCGAAAUGGUGCCCACCCGAGUGCAAAACGGGUGGCGAGUUUGCAUUGAUUACCGAAGGCUCAAUUCGGUAACUAGAAAAGACUUCUUUCCAUUGCCUUUCAUUGAUCAAAUGCUAGAGAGGCUAGCGGGGCACAAGUUCUAUUGUUUUCUUGACGGUUACUCCGGGUAUUUCCAAAUACCAAUAGCCCCGGAGGACCAAGAGAAAACAACCUUCACAUGUCCAUUUGGCACUUUUGCCUACCGACGAAUGCCCUUUGGAUUAUGCAACGCACCGGGCACCUUUCAAAGGUGUAUGAUGAGCAUCUUCUCCGAAUUUGUGGAAGUAUUCAUGGAGGUCUUUAUGGAUGAUUUCACAAUUCAUGGGGACUCUUUUGACACUUGCCUCUAUCAUCUCACUCUUGUGCUCAGAAGUUGUAUUGAAUCCAACCUUGUUCUAAAUUCUGAAAAAUGCCACUUUAUGGUGGAACAAGGGAUUGUUCUUGGGCAUGUGAUCUCCUCAAAGGGCAUUGAAGUGGACAAGGCAAAAAUUGAUGUCAUCCAAACACUCCCGUACCCAACAAAUGUACGGGACAUCCGCUCCUUCCUUGGUCACGCCGGUUUCUAUAGGAGAUUCAUCAAAGACUUCUCAAAAAUUUCAUCUCCUCUAUGCAAACUUUUGCAAAAGGAGGUUGAAUUUGAUCUCAAUGAUGAAUGCAAAGAGGCCUUUGACACUUAGAAAGCAAGAUUGGUGACUGCCCCAAUCAUACAAGCUCCCGAUUGGUCUCUUCCUUUUGAGAUCAUGUGCGACGCAAGUGACUAUGCGGUGGGGGCUGUUCUAGGCCAAAAGAACAGGAGGGCUGCUCAUGUCAUCUACUAUGCCUCAUCAACCCUCAAUGAAGCUCAAAAGAACUACUCCACCACCGAGAAGGAAAUGCUAGCGGUGGUCUUUGCUUUGGAGAAGUUUCGUUCCUACCUUCUUGGAACGAAAGUUAUUGUUUACAUCGACCACGCCGCUCUCAGAUUCCUUAUGACAAAGAAGGAAGCCAAACCAAGACUCAUUCGAUGGGUCCUUCUAUUGAGUGAGUUUGACAUAGAAAUCAAAGACAAGAAAGGAGCGGAGAACUUGGUGGCCGAUCAUUUAAGCCGCUUGGUUCCAAACAAAGAAAUCGAAAGUCUCCAUACCAAUCUCAUAAAAGGCGAAUUUCCGGACGAGACUCUCUUCUCCAUCAAAGUCAUACAACCAUGGUACGCAAACAUUGUAAACUUCCUUGUUUCCGGCAAAUUUCCUCCACAAUUCUCAAAAUCUCAAAAAGAAAAAUUAAAAAUGGACUCAAGACUCUAUGUAUGGGAUGACCCAUAUUUGUGGAAACAUUGCAAGGAUCAAAUAAUCCGAAGAUGCAUCCCCGAAUAUGAGAUAGCCCACAUAAUAGAGUUUUGCCAUUCUUACGCUUGUGGAGGACAUUUCGGGCCGAAACGAACAACAAUGAAGAUACUUGAAAGCGGAUUCUGGUGGCCGAGUCUAUUCCGGGAUGCACAUGUCUUUUGUCAAUCUUGUGACAAUUGUCAAAGAGCGGGCAACAUUUCAAGGAGAAACGAGAUGCCACAAAACCCCAUGCUUUUCUGUGAGAUUUUCGAUGCAUGGGGUAUUGACUUCAUGGGACCUUUCCCAAACUCUCAAGGUAACAUCUACAUCCUUCUUGCGGCAGAUUACGUCUCCAAAUGGGUGGAGGCAAAGGCAACAAAGACUGAUGAUGCCAAGGUGGUGGCUAGUUUCCUCAAAACACACAUAUUUUCAAGGUUCGGGGUCCCUCGAAUUUUAAUAAGCGAUCGAGGCACACAUUUUUGUAAUAAAAUUGUGGGAUCCCUACUAAAGAAAUAUGGUGUGACUCACAAGAUCUCCACUGCUUACCACCCUCAAACCAAUGGCCAAGCGGAAACCUCAAAUAGGGAGUUGAAGUCUAUACUCCAGAAAACAGUGAACCCAAAUCGGAAGGAUUGGAGUAUACGCAUUGAUGAUGCACUAUGGGCAUACCGAACCGCCUACAAAACUCCAAUCGGUAUGUCCCCUUAUAGACUUGUGUUUGGGAAAUCUUGUCAUCUUCCCGUAGAGCUUGAACACAAGUCGUAUUAGGCGGUAAAAGAAUUCAACCUCAAUCUUGACGAGGCCGGUUUGCAUAGGAAACUCCAAUUGCAAGAAUUGGAAGAACUCUGUUUGGAUUCUUAUGACAACGCGGAGAUCUACAAAAGAAAGACGAAGGCUUGGCAUGAUAAGAAGAUCAUAAGGAAGAACUUUAAACUUGAUGACAAAGUCCUCCUUUUUCAAUCACGCCUUCGUCUAUUUCCGGGAAAGCUGAGAUCUCGUUGGACGGGACCAUACAAAGUGGUCAAAAUAUAUCCACACGGGGCGGUGGAGAUUAAAGACCUGGAGACGGGAGAGGUGCUCAAGGUGAAUGGACAAAGAUUAAAACCCUUCUUUGAGGGUUUUCAACCCAAAAAUGUGGAAGUCAUGGACCUUUCUGAACCGGUCUAUGAGUGAAGAACAACGAAGAUAUCGUCGAGCCACGACGUUAAAUAAAGCGCUUCUUGGGAGGCAACCCAUGCAAGGUAUGUUCACUUUAAUUAAAUUUUGUAGAGUGUGUGUGUUCAAAAAAAAAAUUACUGAACAACCCGACCGGGUAUUUUAACUCACCCGGUCGGGUAUUUAAACCAGAGGCGUCUGUUUUAAAAAGUUCGGGUUACCCGACCGGGUAAAUCACCCUACCCGACCGGGUAAACACCCGGAAAUCAUUCUGCCAGCCUCUGGAAAGAAACCCCGCCCGGGUAACCUACCUCACCCGACCGGGUAGACGGGCUUUUCAGCCUAUACCAGGUCGGGCAAACCCCCUUCUCUCCACUUCAUCUUCCCCAAUUUUCGAACACCCCUACCCCAAAACCUCCAUUUUCAUAGCUCCAAAGCUCCAAACCAACCCAUUUCUCCAUCAAAUCCAUCAAUUAACAUCAUAUUCUUCAUCUCCUCACCUUCCUCUUCCAUCCUACACCCAUUAAUCCUCCCCAAAUCUCCCAAAUCAACAAACCCAAAAACCCUUACCCCCAAUUUCGAACCCCUCCAUUUUUAGACUUCAAAGGUCCAAAUACAAGCCAAAAAUCACCACCAAACAUCAAAUACUUCUUCUCCUAAUCAUCCUCCACAAAACCACACCCAUCAAUCCCACCAAAUCCUACCCAUCCCAAAAAAAAAACGAAAAUCCCUCACCAAAAAUCAAGCACCAUGGCACCAAAAAGGGGAAAACCUUCUUCCUCAAGAAAUCCAAGGGCUAUUCCACCGGUCGACGGCUUCGAGGAGGUGGACUUAGCAUCCGAGGCACAACACAUCCGCUUUCUCGAACAAUCCGAAAGAGAGGUAAAACACUCCCGAUUUAUGUGCCAAUUGACCUUGACUUUCUUUUGGAUUGAUGAUAUUAUGAGGAACAUAUUCACAAGGUGUGGCAUGCUGAAAAUUUUUGAUAUGCAUUAUUGGCCAUAUUCUCGUUUAGUGUACGAGUUCUACAGUUCCGUUGAGCAUGUGAAAGAUGAAAAUGAUCACACCAAUAACACGAUCAACUUUUGAAUGCUCAACGAGAACCGUUCACUCACUAAAAGAGAAUUUGCUGAACACUUCGGCCUACCCUUGCUUGAUGAAACUGUCGCGUAUAGUACACCGGUAGCACAUGAACUAUGGAGAAGAAUGACCGGAGUUGUCAAUGUUCGUACUUCCCACCUCAAUGUCAACCACAUCCAACACCCGGUCUUCCGAAUUUUCUUCAAAUUCUUGGCAAAUUGUUUUUUCGGGAGACCAAACAACCAUCAAACUAGAGUGUGUGAUGUGUGCCUCUUAGCACAAGCUGUUCUUCCGGGCGCUAGCCCGUACGAUGUCACCACAGUGCUUUGGGAUCACAUUAUCAAUGUUAAAAAUGGUGGAGGACCAAUUCUGAUAGGGGGUCUAAUUACCCACAUCUCAACGCUAUAUGGUUUUCAAUGCAAUGGUGCACAAAACAAAAGAACCCUUCUUGGCCUUAAGUUUCUAAAGAAUGCUGGGGAUAUGACCCUAUCACACAUAGAACACGAUGGUCUGGAGAUUUAUCAUUGGCGCAUCAAACCCGGCCAAGAACUAUACCACCCAUUCCCUUCCGAUAAUCUCCCACUUAACAUCCUUGAUCACCAAAUUGGUGAUGGACACCAUUAUUGUCUGCCCGGGGGGAUCCCAGCUCAUUAUGCACCCCCAGACAAUGAACAGGAGAAUAAUGAAGACAACAACGCCGCCAGCGAGCAAGCAAUUGAGCCACCACCCCUCAUUCCUGAACAACCACAACCACAACCUCAUGCUCACCAAUAUUCACCAUUUGAGCAAGAAAUGCUAAAUAACAUGAAUGCUCUAAACCUCAACUACACUCAACUUCGGGGGGAAGUUGUUUUGUAUAGAACUGAGCAAAGGCAGAACUAUGAACGAUUCGAGGAGCAAAGGCAAGCGGAUUGGCGGCGAUACGAAGAGGAUCGGCGGAGAGAUCACGAGGACCACAGAAGGACUUUUGGCCCUAUCUACUCCUACGUAGCACAUCAAGGUGACUUUGCCGCUAUGACUACUCCUCCUCCGGCACCCUCAUGGUAUAACCCCACUGAAUGGGGUUAUUUUGGCGGUUUGAGCUCUGGUGGUAGAGGCGGGGACGACGGAUACGAUGGUGAUCAUAUGGAUGAGGAUGCACACUUUGGGAGCUACUAUGGCCAGGGUGGAUUCUUUGAUGGAGGAGAUGCAGGAGGGCACUAGAGACAGUGCCAUGAACUAGCUGGGGGGGAGAACUAUUCCGGAUCCUAAAGGCACAUACGUGAGGAAGCAAAAGAAGAAAAAUCCAAUGGUGUUGAAGACCUUUUUAUUAUGUGUUUUGAUCAUUGAAACAUUUUUUAUGUUGACCUUCAAAAACACUUGUGAAUGGUUGUGAUUGCUACUAUGGUUUUUUUGGAAACUUCAUGGACAUGAUUUGUUUCACUCGAGACGAGUAAAAGUUCAAGCGCAGGGGUGUUUGAUAUGCACUAAUUAGUAGUGCAUAAGUUUAUGUUUUUAUGAUUGAUCUGUGUGGAUUGUUUAUCAUUUUAUUUAGUUUGUAAACAUUUGUGUGAUUUUAGUUGUAUUUGUAUUUUAAUUCUCAUUUGUAAGUUGUAAAGUAGAGUUAGGAUUUAUGGUGUUGGAAAGAAAGACUUUGAAGUGAGGAAAAAGAAGAUUGGACGUUCCAGGAGCUGAAACCCGACCGGGUAUCAAACUCCACCCGGUCGGGUACAUUUUAACAGGCGAAGGUAGCUGGAAAUUACACAGACCCGGUCGGGUCCCUUACUUGACCCGGUCGGGUCAGACUUGACCCGGGACACCAGAACGUGCCGAAGAUCGCCAGGACAUGGAAAAUAUUUGAUUUUGACCAAACCCGGUCGGGUCAACUAGGGUGGUCGGGUCAGACACGACCCGGUACCAAACUACGUGCAGAAACAUGAGAACAUGGCGAAAUAUUUGAUUUUGACGUUGACCCGGUCGGGUAUGUCCAUUUACCCGGGCGGGUCAAUGCCCCAGGGUGUUGAAAACACCUAUAAAUAGCCCCCAUUUUCCUUCACUUAAAUCAUCCCUUCUUCCAUAUACUUAAGCUCAGUUUAGAAUAGCAUUUCUUUAUAUUUCUUUUAGCAUGUUUAGUCUCCAAAUGAGGAGCUAAACUUCCAAUUCUUGGUUUUGCUCUUGAAGCUUGUUGAUUA